UCCAUCUCCAUCUCCAUCUCCAUCUCCAUCUUCUGUCGGUCGCAGGCAGUCUCAUCGAGUCCAACAAGCACACGAAACCUGAAGGUCGUCUAUUCCUGUUUUGCCUUGCAACUUCUUCAACUUAGCAGGCAGCAUCUCCUCCUCCAUCCAUCGUUUACUUCUCCAUUCCUAGCCCAAGCCUCCACGGUUGACGUUACUCAACCAGCCAUUCCCCUCAAACUACUCCGUUCCUUACGGUUUGCGACUUCUCCGCCACCAUUUUAUCGACAGCUCUCCUUGGUCGCAGCAUCAGGGGACUCCUUCCCUGUUAACCAAAGAUGGCUUCACUAGAAAAUGACAACCGCCCAAGGGUUGACGGCUAUGUGCAACCUCAGCUUACCAAGAAGCCUCCCUACUCUGUUGAGGCAGCUGGCUACGAAAAGAAAGAAGGCGAAACCAUCCCGAGACGUCAUCCAUUGGCAAAGGACAAGCUCAUUGUGCGGCCUUCAGACGAUGUUAAGACCGUAUAUGACAACCUGCGGCGAGCCGCAGCCAAGUUUGGGAAUGCGAAAGCCAUUGGGACGAGGAAAAUCAUCAAGACUCAUGUCGAGAAUAAAAAAGUCAAGAAGAUGGUGGACGGCCAGGAGCAAGAGGUCGAAAAGAAAUGGACUUACUACGAACUAAGCGGCUAUACCUACAUGUCCUUUGUCGAGUACGAGAAGCUGGCUCUGGACCUGGGAUCUGGCCUGCGCCAUCUGGGCUUGAAGAAGGAUGACAAGAUGCACCUCUAUGGAGCUACCAGCGCCCAUUGGCUCGCCAUGUCACAUGCCGCUGCUUCACAAUCAAUCCCCAUUGUCACCGCCUACGACUCUCUAGGAGAAGAGGGCUUGAGACAUUCCCUUGUCCAGACAAAGUCUGUGGCCAUGUUCCUCGAUCCGAACCUCAUUCCGGUCUUGACCAAGGUCCUCAAAGAUGCUGUCAAUCUCAGAACCAUCAUCUACAAUACAGAACCCGAGAUCAAGGAUGCAGACCUUCAAAAGCUCAAGUCCGAACACCCAGACAUCAAAGUCAUCGCUUUCGAAGAGUUGAGAAAGAUGGGCGCCGAUAACCCUGUCGACCCUGUGCCUCCAACUCCGGAAGAUUUGGCUUGCAUCAUGUACACUUCCGGCUCCACUGGGCCCCCGAAAGGUGUCACCAUCAAGCACAAGGCUGUGGUAGCAGCAAUGGCAGGUGUGCAGUCUGUGGUCGCUCCCUAUAUCGGACCAGCCGAUGCGCUCCUGACCUAUCUGCCUCAGUCUCACAUCUUCGAAUACAUGUUCGAGAAUAUUUGUAUAUUCUGGGGUGGUACCAUGGGUUACGGCAACCCCAAGACCUUGUCAGACAGCUCGGUUCGAAACUGCAAAGGAGAUAUUCGCGAGUUCCAACCAACCAUCUUGAUUGGUGUUCCUGCAGUGUGGGAAAGCGUCAAGAAAGGAAUCCUCGCAAAGGUCAACAGCAGCUCCUUUGUUGUCAAGAACAUGUUCUGGGGGGCAUUCAACCUCAAACAAAUGCUGCUUGGGAGAGGUCUUCCAGGCUCAGGCAUUCUUGACGCAGUCGUGUUCAAGAAAUUGAAAGAGGCUACUGGCGGUCGGCUUCGGAUCGCGUUCAAUGGAGGUGGCCCCAUCUCGCAGGAAACCAUCAAAUUCAUCAGCUACGCAGUCACUCCCAUGAUUUCAGGGUACGGUCUCACCGAGACCUCCGCCAUGGGCGCUAUUCAAGAUCCUUUGGCGUGGGACCCCAACGCUCUUGGUGACAUUCCCGGAUCUAUCGAGAUCAAACUGGUCGACUUCCCGGAUGCCGGCUAUUACUCAACAAACAACCCUCCCCAGGGUGAGAUCUGGAUUCGCGGCCCUUCAGUGACAGAAGGGUAUUGGGACAACGAGCAGGAAACCAAGGAUGCCAUCACAGAGGACAAGUGGUUCAAGACGGGCGACAUUGGAGAAUUCAAUGCCAAUGGUCACCUGAAAAUCAUUGACCGCAAGAAGAACCUGGUCAAGACACUCAAUGGCGAAUACAUUGCUCUGGAAAAGCUGGAAUCGGCGUACCGAACCGCUCCCGUGGUCGGAAACAUUUGCGUGUUUGCAGCUGAAGACAAGGCCAAGCCCAUCGCCAUCAUUGUGCCAGUCGAGGCCGCAUUGCAAAAAAUCGCGGCGGCCAAUGGUAUCCAGGGCGAGAACUUAGAAGAAAUGGUUCAUGACAAGAAGCUCAACCGCAUCGUCUUGGGAGAGAUGCAGAAAGCCGGUCGUCAAGCGGGACUGGCCGGGAUCGAGCUCAUUGAUGGUCUGGUCAUGGCAGACGAAGAGUGGACUCCCCAGAACGGCUUGAUUUCUCCUGCCCAAAAGGUCCAAAGAAAGAAGAUCCAAGCCAAAUAUGAAAAGGAAAUCAAAACAGCAUACGGCAACCAGUGAAGGACGGGUUCUGAAUUGUUUGCGCACACCGAUACCACAUGCGCUUUCCGAUGAACUAGGUGUACGAGUACUUGUCAUCUUAUGCGGAUAGGGGGAAAGUUCCGCAGUUGAGCUUGGUGUUCUGGAGUUGAUACCCGUUGCUCAAAAUGAAAUAGCAUAAUUCACAGUAUCCUGGCGGAUCCUAUACCAAAUCAGAUUUCACCUCA